UAGGCCACUGAUGGAGUUUUAGAGCGUCAAUGCAAAUGGUUAGAAAUUGUUAUACUAUAGUGUUGUUGUUGGCAGACUAUUAUUUUCCUUUUUUUCCAGACAGAUCUGUCUGUCUGUCUCUCUCUCUCUCUCUCUCUCUCUCUCUCUCUCUCUCUCUCUCUCACACACACACACACACACACACACACACACACACACACACACACACACACACACACACACACACGCAGACACAGACACUGCUGUCCAUUAUCAUCAUGAAUGUGAUGAUUGAAAUCGAGCUCACGGCAUCGAGCCUUUCUCUCGGUGGCCAAUCAGAGGAAGAGCAGCGGGAAGCUGAAACAUCAGUAGCCUACAAAUGUGACUGAGUGCACCAGUGUGGAGUGACCAGAGAGAGAGAGAGAGAGAGACAGAGACACAGACAGACAGACCGACCCAGAGACCCAGAGACCCGGAACAUCCCGUCUAAGAGAGGCACAGACAUGAGCGCUCAGGCUGAAGAGGGAAUCCGAGCCAAGUGCAAGUCUCCCACUUUAUUCUCUUCCUACUGUAUUGAAAGCAUACUGGGCAGAAGUCCUCUAAAAGUCAGGCUCCUCGGGAUGCAAAGGCUGACAGCGACACUUCGGACAGAGGAACUCCAAGCUGGGAAAAAUUUGCUUCCUCACAUGGACCUGCAACUGCCACCCAAACUGCGGCGCUCGUUCAGUCCGCGGCGAGAAGACGAACCCGACAGCGCACAAGGAGACGAGCUGGAGCUCAGAGCUGGUCUAAACUCCUCCUACCCGGAACAUGCACUCAUCAGUUCCUUAAAGGGCAGCUCUGCUCAGGAUAAAGUCGAGGAGGAUAAGAGCAGAGCACUUCCCGACACGCGUCUCUCCCCGGGACCCGAGGACGGACUGAGAGAGACAAAUACAAUCACGAAAGACAGCGAGGACGGUGUGUAUGUGUCACCGAGCAGUGAUGCUGAAGACGUGACACUGAGACGCAAACAAAGGAGAUACAGGACUACAUUCACUAGUUACCAGCUUGAUGAACUAGAAAGGGCUUUCCAAAAGACGCACUACCCUGACGUGUUCACAAGGGAGGAAUUAGCCAUGAGGCUCGAUCUGACGGAAGCGCGCGUGCAAGUCUGGUUCCAGAACCGACGUGCAAAAUGGAGAAAAAGAGAGAAGGCUGGGGUUCAACCUCACCGCCUAGGCCUUCCAUUUCCUGGACCCAUCAGUGCAGCACAGCCUUUAUGCCAUUAUCUGGGUGGGGGUGCAUUUAGCCCCAACCUGUACCCAGGCAUCGAGUCAGGGUGGCCUGUCUCCCUCCAUGGAUUCACUCAGCCCAUCCCAAACCCUGCACCCCCAAACCGAAUCUGCUCUCUGCUUGGAGCAGCAAUGCUCAGACACCCUGCCCUUAUCAGCCCCUCCUUUGGAAGAUUCUUCACUCCACUGGCACUUCAAAGACUGCCUGUUCCCACCACAGAGAAUCAAAUUCUGCCUCCCCUUCACAUUCCUCAUCCUCCUUCCACAUCCUCAUCCAAUCUAUGUUCCUCUUCCUUGCCCGUGGAUCGCCGUGCGUCCAGCAUUGCGGCUCUGCGGCUCAAAGCCAAGGAGCACUCAGCUCACAUCGGUCAACUCAGUGUCCUCACAGCUGGUACGUCUGAAAAAGAGGCCUGAUGCCUUGCUCCCUACACCCAAGACAUGAGACCAAAGCU